UCGGUCCAGUAGGUGGCGGUAAUGCGCGUAUAAGCCGCCUGUCAGCCGCAAUUAAAACCCGAGGAAGAAGAAGACGACGACUCUGGUGUGUUUGACAUUAGCAGAAAUGGGAAGCUAACAGCAGACGAGAAGUUUUUCCUCUGCUUGCACUUUAUUAAAGUCAAGCCACGUAUAUUCAUUAAGUCAUGGAAAACCAAGUCAAAUAGCAGUUUCGCCCAUUUUUCCCGACACCACAGCGGGGCUGCAGCCGGUGGAAGCAGCAGCCGCCGCCGCGGAGAUGGCCAACUUGAACUGGAAGCCGUUCAUCUACGGAGGGAUGGCCUCGAUUGUCGCAGAAUUUGGCACAUUUCCCAUUGACCUGACUAAGACCCGGCUACAGGUCCAGGGUCAGUCCCAGUACACGGAGGUCCGGUACAAAGGCAUGUUUCAUGCCCUCUUCAGGAUCGGCAAGGAGGAGGGCGUCCGAGCGCUUUACUCUGG